CUCAGAAUGUACAAAAACCAUGAAAAAAUAUUUAAUGAAUAAUUAAUUAUAAUGUUAUUUUGUGUAUCUGUGACAAAAAAUGGCCGCUGUUUUACCUAUAGGAUUGCAAAAUGCGGUGAAGGGGCUAGAUGCUAACCGUUACGCUACGAAGAAGACCGUUGCUCAGGGUCUACUGGACAUAGCCCUAUUAACAUCGAAUGCUUCUCAAUUGAAAUACAUCCUUCAGGUGGGACCGAGGCAUGAAUUCUACACGCUACUCGUCACUCUGAUAUCCAUUUCUAUUAUACUUCAGCUUCUCGUUGGAUUGCUUUUUGUUGUAAUCGGUGGUAUGGACCUCAACGACACCACCGAUCAGCCGGGGGCGGUUAUCCUCAACGACAUCAUUGUUAUAUUUAUUUUUAUUAUUUCCGGUAUUAACAUUGUUAUAUCCGCUUUUGGUAUAGAAUAUUCUAACAGUCCAUUGGUUUUGGAACGUUUAAAGUAUAUAAACAAUGAGUACUUAAAGAAGGUCAAUGCCACUUUUAGUUAG